AUGGUAUAAGUUUAGAAAGAAGCUCUUCAUUUAGGUACAUUAAAAUUGAUUUCAAUAAAAAAGUUUAGGGUUAAGAUUAUGAAAUUUACCCUUCUUAGAACUUCCCUAUAACUUUUACAAAGAUACAAUCAAAACAACUAGGAGCUAAUAAAAAAGCAGAGUCUUUUGACCUGCUUAACUUAAAUAUUUUGCGGUUUUCUCUUUAAAAGAGUUUUACAAUUUAGCUUUGAAUCAAUUAAAAUUUUCAAUAUAUAGUAGUUAAGUAAUAGAAUAGUAAAAGUAAAUUCUCGUUCUAACGAAGUUAAAUAAUCAAAAUCAGUAAGUUAUCGAUAUAUUAAGAAAGAUACUCAAAGUUCUUUUAACAAAGAGAAUUUGACCUACUUUAAUGGAUUUAUGACUUUUUAUAUAUUUAUGGGCCAGUUGAUGAAAGAAAAGUUUUCUUAAAUAUAGUGUUCAUUAAGGAUCGAUAUUAACACGUUUCCUAUUUGGCAUUCAAUUAUUAGGUAUAUAAUGUAAUACUUUUAAUUUAGAAUAUUUCUUAUAAUGAUGUUUGA